UUUUAACCCGCCAGUUUCGCAGCACUGGGCUCAAGGGCGGGACAUAAAGCGCUUCUGAUGUUUACAUUGUCUCUGUUGAGUUGAUACACAUUAAAGUCCGAAGAACAAUAAUGCCGCAAGCAAAGUUUGAUAGAAUUGUCAGUUGUAGCAGUGAAGACCCCGCUUAUCCAUCAAAAAAUUUGUUAUUAGGCCGAAAAUGGAGAAGCAAAGAGGCUGGCGAAGAAAAAGAAACAGUAAUAAUUCAAUUAAGUGAACCUUACAACAUUACGGGUAUUGACAUUGGAAAUGAAAGCUCUGCUUUUGUGGAGGUUUUGGUGAGCCGAACAAGCAGUCCGGAUGAUUUCAAGGUGCUACUAGUUAUGUCGUCAUUCAUGACUCCAAUGGAUGCUCGUGCUGAGGCUAAUAAAAAUCGUGUGCGCAUGUUUGCUCGGGACAGCUUAUCAGAUCCUGAGAGGAAAGAGAAGUGGGACCGCAUUAAAGUAGUUUGCACUCAGCCUUUCAAUAAACACAUGCAGUAUGGUCUUUCCUUUAUAAAACUGCACACCAGUGACUCUAAAGAGGAGCCAACUAGAAAUCCUAAUACACCUGUCAAGGCUUUAGGGCGGUUUACCCUGAAAGAUGAAGAAGAGUCUGACUUUAGUUUAGGAAGCUUCUUUUCCAGAAGGAAAGAUUUGCAGGCCUCACCCUCACCAGCUCCUGCUCCUUUGACAGGUGCUGCGGCCGUGCGAGAUGCAUCUUCCCCUGCCAACUUGGCUCAGCAGAAGCCUCCAUUAAAACGCAAAGGGAGCGACGAUUUGACUGAUUCUCAGAAGAAAAAGAAAGGAAGACCCAAGAAAGAUGAUCCUGACACUUCGACUUACAAAGACACAAACGAUGAUGUAACUGAUUCUCAGAAGAAAAAGAAAGACAAGCCGAAAAAAGAUGAAGACACAGAGGCUAAGCCAGGAAAAAAUAAAAGUCCUUCCAAAGAAAAACCUAAAAAGGACCUAGAUGACUCCAAUGAAAAUAGUCCCAAGUUAAACAUUGUUAAAAAGAAACCUGUUAGCACUGAUCAACCUAAACAUAGAGCUGCAACUGAUAUUGCUAGUACUUCCAAAGCUUCGCAAAAUAGUCAAAAGGCAUCUAAUGAAAAAAGGAGCCACAUUACAUACAAGCCAUUUGCAAAACUCCUUGAAGAUGUGGAAAUUGUCAUUAGUGGCUAUCAGAACCCGGGGAGAGCCCAUAUUAGGGACAAAGCCCUUGCGAUGGGUUCUAAAUACUGUGGAGAUUGGCGUUCGUCUAGCACUCAUCUCAUCUGUGCAUUUACCAAUACUCCAAAAUUGCAACAGUUACAAUCACAAGGAGUGAAUGCAAUUGUUGUCAGUCGUGACUGGGUUGAUGAUUGUUACAGUGAACGGAAAAAAUUACCAUGGAGAAGCUAUGCUCUCUUGGACAAAGACAAAAGAAAUUCAGGUGGUACUCCAGAGCCUGAGGUGUGGGAGUUAAUACCUGGCAUGGACAUUAAUCAUGAUUCUCCUUUGCCGCCUGUAAGCAGACGCAACAAUAUUGCGACUCAAGACACCAGACUCAAAUCAGACUCAGAAGAUUCUGAAGAUGAAAUUCAAAGAAUAAAAGCAAAGCAGAACAUGCAAAAGAAAAAAGUUGAAGAAAGAAAGAAUAAAGAUUUGAAUGGAAGCAUCUCCAAGAACAAUAAAAGAAGCAUUGGAUCUGAUUCUUCAGAUUCAGAGGAUGAAAUUAAAAGAGUGAAAGCAAAACAGGAUCUCAAAAAGAAGCAACUUGAUGAUGAGUCUAAAAAAACAAAAGACCUCAAAGGAAAAACCAGUGAUGAUGCAUACAACUGCAGUACAGAUGCGGAUAGUGAGGAAGAAGCUAAGAUCCGAUUGGCCGAAUGGUCUAAGGCACAGAUGAAUAAAAGUCCUUUAGAUGACUUGCCUCCUUUGGCAGACUUUUUUAAGGACAAGACAUUCUUCUUGUCAACAGAAUUACCAGAGAAAGAAAGACAGUCUCUUUGUAGGUACAUAGUGGCAUUUGGAGGCGACCUGUUAGAAUCUGAAGAUAAACCAGCCCACUUUAUCAUUUCCAGUAAGAAGUUAAAACUGCCUGGUUCAAGAUCGGUCUGUGUGACUCCUGAGUGGGUAUGGGAAUGCAAUGACCGGGGAAGACUGGUAUCACCAAUUUUAUAUGAACUUAUUUGAAUUAUGGAAUACAUGAUUGCAUGAACUUGGAUGUUAAUGUUUUAAUAAAAUCAAAACGUAGGCAAAAUAGGCCUUUUA